UAAAAAGAAUAGAACAAGAAUACCGCGAAUGCUAUGCUAAUCCUCGUAUGAUAAAAGAAGCUAAACAUAAUGGACGAGAAAUUAAGGAUACUCACCCUGCUUUGGUAGUUUCAAACGAUAGGCAAAAUAACGCUAGCCCUUUAAUAGUUAUCAUGCCAAUUACUUCCUUAAAAGCCGGUGAUAAAGCUUUUUCUUUUCAAGUGCCAAUUACUUUAAAGAAUAAGAGUGUGAUACUGGUAGACCAAAUCAGAACCAUUGACCGAGAUAAGUUUAAAGAUAAAAUUACCAAAGUUGAGGAGAAAUUAAUAGAGGAAGUGGAAAGGAAAAUCCAUUUUGUUUUAGCUUUAAAAAAUUAA